AUGAUAACGUUAAGCGCAGUUUACUGCUUUACCAUCCUCCUCCAGCUGAACGAAGUCGUUGGUUUCAACUGCAACUCCGACAACUGCAGAGACUGCGCUUCUAAUACCGACGCUUUUGGCAUCACGUGCAGAUGGUGUAGAAGGGACAAUGAAUGUCAUACUCCAGGCGCGUUUUUAACAAACCCUUGUAAGACAGCAGAAAAUAUCGUCGAUCCCUCUCGCUGUGGAGAGAAGUUCUCCCAUUAUGACCCUGGAUUGUCUUUAAAGAUGUUGUUUCUUUCUGCAGCAGCGUAUGAUCCACUUCAUCCCCAGAAAUGUCUCGACAACUCUCUGCCAUCUGCCGACUUUCAAAUACAGCAUAGUGUAACAAGGAAAUGUGCUGAUAACCAGUGCUCCGGCUAUGUUGCUGUUUCCCAUACCGUGAAAGUUAUUGCCAUUGCUUUUCGCGGCUCUGAAUGUUUCGAUCAAGCAUUUUCUGUGUUUGUUGAGACUUUAUUUAGCCCUAAAGAAGAUUUUUUAAGCAAGGGUAAGGUACAAACCUACUGGAAAGGAGGGUUCGAGACAUUAUGGCCGAGCAUGGAAUCAAAAGUGAAGUCUCUCAUCGCUGACAAUCCAUCCUACAAAAUUUGGGUUACAGGGCAUUCUCUGGGUGGUGCAAUGGCGUCCUUAGCAAGUGCAUGGCUAAGUUAUCAAAAUAUUGCUUCUCGGGAGAAAAUCAUUUCGUACACUUUUGGAAUGCCUCGAGUUGGAAACUACGACUACGCCUUAGAACACGAUCGGCUGAUUGGCAACAGUUGGAGAGUGGUUAAUGAUGAUGACGCUGUUCCCCAUUUUCCAGGAGUUUACGGCGUGCCAAACAUGCUCUUCGGUCCCUACCACCAUGGAGUAGAAGCUUUUUAUAGCGAGCCGGCAACAAGUGUGUAUUCUGAGCACAGGGAAUGUCACGGAAAGCCAAACAACGAGGACGUCACUUGCAGUUUCUCGGAAAUAACUCGCUCCUUCGAACGACAUAAGAAUUACUUCGGCAUUCCCGUGGGGACAUUCUGGGCAUUAGACUGUGUUCACUCGACACGUAAGAAACGAGAAACGUCGGAAGAAACCAAUACCACAGUGUCAAAAAGAUUCCAUUUUGUGCAAAAUCGCUGCUUGAAGAACAAGUACAUAAAUGGGUCGUUACACGUCACAGCAACUCACCAGACCCCGCGGUUCCAGUCUGUAAAAGACUCCUCCACUCGAACGGUGCAGUCAAUGCACAUAAGAUCAGUGUUUUGUUUUCUGUUUCUUAACAUUUUCAUUUUCGAUUAAACAGGUAACUAUACUGUGAGAUUUAGUUGCGGAUUUAGUCUAAAUCAUGUAAGUUGUAAAAGUAUGUAACAGUCAGAGAUUAAUGCUAGGACAGAGAUAUAAAACAUCCAAUUCCACGGCACUGGCUUUACUGACUGAAAUAAGACCAAAAGCUGAGCAUGCUUAAAAACUACAUUCGUAACAAUUAAAUAUACCACGAGUAAUGAGUGUUGUCAAAGGUACGCGACGGACCCAGAUGAGCACUGAGGAUCCACAGCUUACAGCAAUAAGGAAUUUAAGAUCCGACGACGUAACGGUAACGCUCAGAGCAUAAGAAAUAACCUAUUAUAGUGCAUCACACUUCUUCGUCCACUUUGCUGUUUUUGCUCGACUUCGAAGUGAAAUUGCUUAAUUUUACGUUUUAUGGAGGACGUAAACAGGCGACGACGAAAUUUUAUAUGUCUCUUUCUGGCUUGGAUAUGGUCUCUUGAAAUUUCACCCACAUUUGACAAGUGUAGGAAUAAUCGCGAGUAAGACUGAAAGAACGCAUAUUCACUUUUAAGCCACGUUUUCUUUGCCAUCGCGUCCUUGGAUCUUAAAGUCCCUAAUACAGCUGUUUGUUUGUCUAAGUUUUGUCUUCGUCCGACCUCAAGCUUUCGUUAGUCCCAAAACUUGCUAUUACCAUGAGUAAUUAUACUCUUAUAAUCUUAGUUAAUAUUUAUGUAGUUUUGUGGAGAACAAUUCGGUCCUCUUCCGCUCAAGCUCGAUCUUCCAGUAUGUCAAUACGUGAACGAUCAUUGUUUUGCUUCGUAGUAUUUUUCAUUUCUACUUAA